CUUUGAAAAAGAUGAAAAUGGAAAUUUAAAUGCGGACCUAACCCAAUUGGGUAGUUGAGAGGACAUAAUACUCACGUCAAAUACUAGCCACCAAAGUUACUCAAAAACGGAUUCCACACUUAAUUUAAAAAUGCCUUCUGUAUUAUAAUAUUUUUAUGAACACCAAAGGGGCAACAAUUGGUGCUAGCUAGCUAGCUGUUGAUUCAACAAGGGAAUGGAAACACUCACCCCUGAGCCUGGAAAAUCAUCACCGCCAUUGGAUCAUCAUCAUUCCAAACAUGAUGGAGCUGCUUUGAAAGACAGCACAGAAGCAGAGCUCACCAAAAUCAGCCUCAUGAGAGCUCUUGUUGAAAGCCGUGACCCUUCUUCUAAGGAAGUAGAUGAUUUGAUGAUUAGAAGAUUUUUGAGAGCUCGUGAUUUAGAUGUAGACAAAGCUUCAACGAUGUUUCUCAAGUACUUGAAAUGGAAACAUUCAUUUGUUCCAAAUGGUUCUGUUUCCCCUUCAGAGAUCUCUGAUGAUCUUGCACAGGAAAAGAUGUAUGUUCAAGGAGUGGAUAAAAAGGGUCGACCUAUAACUGUUGCUUUUGCUGCUAAACAUUUUCAAAACAAAAAUGGUUUGGAUGCAUUCAAACGAUAUGUGGUUUUUGCUCUUGAGAAACUAUGUUCAAGGAUGCCAGCAGGGGAAGAAAAGUUUCUUGCAAUUGCAGAUAUUAAGGGAUGGGGAUAUGCAAACAGUGACAUUCGUGGAUACCUUGGUGCUCUAACCAUUCUACAAGAUUACCAUCCAGAGAGAUUAGGAAAAUUGUUCAUAGUCCAUGCACCUUAUAUGUUCAUGAAAGUAUGGAAACUUAUUUACCCUUUCAUUGAUGACAAUACCAAGAAGAAGAUAGUAUUUGUUGAGACUAAGAAGCUGAAAUCAACAUUGCUUGAAGAGAUUGAUGAGAGUCAACUCCCAGAGAUAUAUGGAGGCCAACUUGCAUUAGUUCCAAUACAGGAUUCCUGAUUAAAUUAUCACAGGCAAAUGAACAAGGUGAAGCCAACACAUACGAAGAAAAAACACACACCAUUUUUUAUGUGUUUGUUAUUUAAGUUUGUUUUUCAUGAUGAUUGCAUUGCAUCUAGAGGUUAAAUAGUACAUAUUGGAACAAUUCAUGUGUGCUUAAUGCUUAUAACAGGCCACUUUAGUUAGUACAUGACCUUGUUCUCUGUCUGCUAUAAAUUGCAGAAUGUAAUCAUCUAUUACAUAUUUCUUUAAUUUAAAGCAUAUAUAGCACACAAUGAAUAAAUUCUUCACUAGUAUUACUUAAGAA